CCGCCGCCUGUGCGCCCUGGUUGGUGGUGUGGACCCUGGAGUUGUCCCACAAUGGCUUGGGUCUGGACUGCCCCACACCCUCUCCGGAGACUUGGAGCCUCCGAGCCUCUUUAGUGCUGGAUUUCGGGCCGCAGGCAGCUGGACGACAGCAGGAGAACAGAACCUCUGGAUGGAUUCUUUCUGGGAAGCUUUGCUAAUUUGCAGCAGCUCGACCAUGUUCCUCAUUCACAUCUGUCUGUCAGCAUAGUGGUGACAUCAUUUCACUGUGGUAGCAGGGACCCAGCUCCGAAUUCUGUAUAGAAAAAGCCACCUGGAUCCCAGUCUUUCAAUGGCUUCAAGACAACCAGAAGUGCCUGGCCCUUGGAUGGCUGUUAGGGUGUCUCUAUUCUUAGCUCUUGGGCCUAGUGGGCCCCUAGGCAAGAUGUCCCUGCCCAUUGGGAUGUGCCGCCGGGCAUUCAGCUAUGAUGAUGCCCUUGAGGACCCUGCACCCAUGACCCCUCCUCCAUCAGACAUGGGCAGCAUCCCCUGGAAGCCAGUGAUUCCAGACCGCAAGUAUCAGCACCUCGCCAAGGCGGAGGAGGGAGAGGCCAGUGUAUCCCCCCCUGCUGAGACCCCAUCAGUGGCCACUGAUGGUACCGACAAGGUCCCGGUGGUGAAGGCUAAAGCUACCCAUGUCAUCAUGAAUUCUCUGAUCACAAAACAGACCCAGGAGAGCAUCCACCGUUUUGAGCAACAGGCAGGGUUGAGAGAUGCUGGCUACACACCCCACAAGGGCCUCACCACUGAGGAGACCAAGUACCUCCGAGUGGCAGAAGCACUCCACAAACUAAAGCUGCAGAGUGGAGAGACAACAAAAGAAGAGAAGCAGCCUGCAUCUGCCCAGUCCAGCCCUAGCAGCAGUCCUCAUUCCUCCCCUAAGCAGAAGCCCAGGGGCUGGUUUACCUCUGGUUCCUCCACAGCCUUACCUGGCCCAAAUCCUAGCAUGAUGGAUCCUGGAAGUGGGGAUAAGGACAGAAACUUGUCAGAUAAAUGGAGCCUCUUUGGACCAAGACCCCUCCAGAAGUCUGAUUCUGGAGGUUUUACCAUCCAGGCCUACAAAGGAGCCCAGAAGCCAACUCCCAUGGAGUUGAUCCGUGCCCAGGCCACCCGAAUGGCUGAAGAUCCAGCAACCUUCAAGCACCCAAGAUAGAUGUCCCAGUGAUAGAAGGGAAGAAACAACCACUGCGAGCCCAUAAUCUCAAACCCCGUGAUUUGAACGUGCUCACGCCCACUGGCUUCUAGAGUGCUUUGUAUCCCAGGGAAUCUUAC